UUUCCUGUGGCCUACAAUACAAAGACCGACCUGUGUACCAACCUGUGUUAUCUGCGUUGCUGGCUUGCGGCCUACGUUUGUGGAAAUACCAGACUGGAUUGUGAAUAAUCUAAAGCUUUCACAAGGUAUUUUACAAUUCCUAAAGGUUUUCCAGAGCGACAGAGUUAUAAACUGUACUGAGAGGCAUAGUUUCAACAUACAAUAUUUAACUCGUUAACACUGAAGGAGUCUUACUGAAAGUAUUCGAUCGACCUUGUGUCGGACUGAGACGCCAUAUUUGAUAUCAGUGAGUGACGUUGGUACAUACAGUAUAUUGGCAUUGCGCUAAUAGUAUUGUGAUAUAAAGACUAUUAUUGUGCUACAGUACACCAACUUGGACACCAUGAAUGACUUAGAGACUGAUGGCGAGAGAGUUGUACGGCCAAGCCUGAAGAGAAUGGAUCAUUUAAAUAAACUUCACGAGAAAGACAUGGAGAACUCGGGUAGUUUGGAAUCCGGCUAUGGUUCAGCUGGUUCUAUGUCGUUUACCAGUGGGGAUGUGAAAAGUUUAAGGGAAGAAGUAUCUCGUCUUCACAGUAACUCUAUGGGAGGUCUACCGGAGCAAUGUGAAAGUAUUACAGACAAUACGGACGUAGGGUGUUUGUCGGACAAGAUUAAUGCUAUGACCGUCACGGACGACGAAGGAUUUACCGAUGAAAGUCCAGCAGUGGAAUGCGAGGAUAGGGUCACGCCCGAAGCUUUGAUGGUGUAUGGCACAGACUCUGAAGGCGACAAUCUUCUGUUUUUGGCAAUUAUAAACGGACAAAUAUCUUUGGCAAAUGUUAUCAUACAGAUGGCGCCAGCAGCAGUGUGGCUUGACAUUUACAAUGACAAGUUGAGACAGACAGCGUUACAUCUCGCUGUGUUGAUGAAGCAGGCGUCUGUUGUAAGGAGACUGGUUGUAGGGGGCGCUUGUUUGGAAAUGUGUGAUCGUAAUGGAGACACACCUCUCCACAUCGCGUGCCGACAGGGAGAUAUGGAAACAGUUAACGCGCUGUUAGAGCCUGUCCGUUAUGAAGAAAUCCAAAUGAACGAGUACUCCAUUCGCUACCAGAGAAUUCCACAAAAUCUGGAAGUAAGAAACUCUGCAGGUUGCACCUGCAUACACGACGCAGCGGAAAACGGACACAUGAACAUUAUGAAAAUGCUUCUUUCCAAAGGAGCUCAAAUAAACAAUGGUGACGCUAAACGGGGGGCAACAGUGCUUCACCGAGCGGCAGAGCGGGGAGACCUCAGUCUUACCGCAUUUCUCCUUGGACUUACCGAUAUCAAUGUGGACAGUAAAAUGUACGAUGGUGCCACACCGGCAGUCAUUGCUUACGGCAGGCGACACGGACAAAUUGUGGACAUUCUGAAAAGAUUUGGAGCAAAGACUGAUAAUUUGAGUGAUAGGUUCGAAAUUGACGAUGAUAGCGAUUCUGAUGUGUAAAAAGGAGAUAUUUUUAUUCGAACUAUUUUCCAAACUUCUAAAUUUUUCGAUGAAAGUUAAUAUUUGCAGAGAAAUUUUGAACAACCAAUAUUUGAAGGCAGCUGAUAGUAUUACAAAGUGUAAGAGAGAGGUUGUGAACUGUUGAGAGUGGAAUAUUGAUCAAUUUUAAUUUUAUUGAUUGACGGCAUCAAACAAAUCCGAAGGGGGUGUGGGUUACUUAAUUUCUGAUCGUAAAUUAAAACAUCCACGAACAUUAGAGAACUCAGAUAAUGAAAUCCUAUGAUUCAAUAAGUUCUUGAUCAUAUUUAGUUCGAACAGUGCGUAGUUUUAAGUACUGGGAUUUACGUAGUAUUAUGUACUUGGGAGAUCUCUGAUAUGGUAGCUACGCCAUAGAAUGUCUGGGAAAUACCAGAUAAGUAGAACUACGCCGUAUAUACAUAGUCGUGGUCGAUCUGAGUCUAUACAGGAAUCCGCGCUAAAUACAGGUGCGCCAGAUUAGCAUAUCGCACCUGGUGACCUCGGGGAUACAACAUUAUAGGCGAGACUUCCUGGUACAAAGUUUAAUAUUGAUGUAUCGCUUAUCCUGACUAAUUAACAAGAGGGACACUGAGACUAGCAGUAUAUAUAUCAACGACGGUCUAAUUUAUUAACUAAAUUCUACAAUGAUAUUUUUGCACGUGUAUGUCUGAGAUAUGUGUAAAGGAACUAUUUGACACUCCUUAAGUUCAUUUAUGAGUGGGUAACACGUUGUUAUUUCCUUGGUGUAUAUAGUAGGUGUAAGUUUAUGUCUAGUAGUAUAGUAGAGCUAAAUGAAAGCCGAGUUUAUUGAGCUAAAUGAUUAAUCAUGAUUCCAUACACAUUUACUAUUGCGGAGAGCUAAACUUUCCUGGCUGGUUUUUGAGAUGGUUUCACAAUGCUCUAUCAGUUCUGAUCUUUCGUUUUGGCUGGUCAAUAGUUUAAUAUUUGUGUAUGGUUGAUAACAUUUUAUUUUCUAUGAUUUAAGAUUUCGUCAAUUACGAACAAAACCAAUAAAUUAAGAGGUACAACAAAGGGUUACGUGAAGGAAAACGUACAAAGUCUUAAACUAAAUACCUUAUAUAUUUGAAAUCGUUAGUUAAAGAUGAACAUUUUAAUUUGUAGUAAAAUACAAUGAUAUUUGAUAUGUAUUUAUAUUAUGUGUAUAAUAUUUGUGUAAG